AUGAAAAAAAUGUCCUGUUCAGGUUUGGCUGGUCUCUCUUCUAACUCUUUUAUCAGCUGAGUGCCGCUUCACGAGCAGCAGAUUUUACAGGCUGACAGAGUAGGUGACGAUGAAAGGACUGAUGGGUUGGACUGAAUAAGCUGAGAUGAUCCGGCAAAAAGGAAACUUUUCCACUCAUUGAACAGAUGUCUGCUUAGCGACGGCUCCGGCUCUCUGUCAGAAAAUCAGGCGUUUGCCAUUUUAAUUAUAGUUUAGGUAGUAUUUAUUGUCUUAAUUCGGCAGCUCAACAUGACGCUUUACGUGGAAGGUCUGUGCGAGGAAUCGGCCCACAGAGGGAUGGCCCAGUUCCAGGAAAUAAUGCGGCAGCAGCUGGAGGGCUCCAUGCAGGCCGAGCUGCAGAAGCUGCUGGGCACGGCGUCAGGGUCCGAGAAAGAGGUUGCCAAGAAGAACUUUGAGGGCUUCACAAACCUUUUCCAAAGAUUCCUGCAGGUGAAGGGCCCGUCUGUGGAGUGGGUCAAGAUACAGAGGCCCCCAGAAGACUCAAUCCAGCCCUACGAUAAGAUCGCUGCUCGCGGCCUGCCGGACAGCGUAGCCGACAGCUUAAACAAGCUGGUGGUGGUAAAGCUGAACGGAGGUCUGGGCACCAGCAUGGGGUGUAAAGGCCCCAAGAGCCUGAUCAGCGUCCGCAACGAGAACACCUUCCUGGACCUGACCGUGCAGCAGAUAGAGCACCUGAACAAGACGUACAACACCGACGUGCCGCUGGUCCUCAUGAACUCCUUCAACACAGAUGAAGACACAAAGAAAAUCCUGCAGAAGUACACACAUCACCGGGUCAGGAUACACACCUUCAAUCAGAGCAGGUACCCCCGCAUCAACAAAGAGUCCCUCCUCCCCGUGGCCACCAGCCUCAGCAUGAGCGGGCAGAACGCAGAGGCCUGGUACCCUCCGGGUCACGGCGACAUCUACGCCAGCUUCUACAACUCGGGCCUGCUGGAUCAGCUGAUCGCGCAGGGCAAGGAGUACAUCUUUGUGUCCAACAUCGACAACCUGGGCGCCACCGUGGACCUGCACAUCCUGCACCACCUGGUGAGCCAGCCCAACGGCAAACGCUGCGAGUUCGUCAUGGAGGUGACGGACAAAACGCGCGCGGACGUCAAGGGAGGAACGCUGAUCACCUACGACGGGAAGCUGCGGCUGCUGGAGAUCGCGCAGGUGCCCAAGGCCCACGUGGACGAGUUCAAAUCGGUCUCAAAGUUCAAGAUCUUCAACACCAACAACCUGUGGAUCUCUUUGCCCGCCAUCAAGAGGCUGCAGGAGAAGACGGCCAUGGACAUGGAGAUCAUCGUCAACCCUAAGACGCUCGACGGCGGGCAGAACGUCAUCCAGCUGGAGACGGCGGUGGGGGCUGCCAUCAAGUGCUUCGACAACGCCAUGGGGAUCAACGUUCCUCGCAGCCGCUUCCUGCCGGUGAAGACCACGUCCGACCUUCUGCUGGUCAUGUCCAACCUGUACAGCCUGGAUGCCGGCUCGCUCACCAUGAGCCCCAAGAGGGAGUUCCCCACCACGCCUCACGUCAAGCUGGGCAGCUCCUUCACCAAGGUCCAGGAGUACCUGACCCGCCUCGAGAGCAUCCCGGACAUCCUGGAGCUGGACCACCUGACGGUUUCUGGAGACGUCACCUUUGGGAAGAACGUAUCCCUGAAGGGCACCGUCAUCAUCAUCGCCAACCACGGAGAUCGGAUCGACAUUCCAGCCGGCUCCAUGCUGGAAAAUAAGAUCGUCUCCGGCAACCUCCGCAUCCUGGACCACUAAGAGCAUCCCCCCCCCCUCCCACACCCCCUCACACCCCAACCACACAACUCCACACUGACAUGUGGAGGGGACGCUUCUGGGAGCCGGCGCCCUCUGCUGGCCGAUCCUCACAUCACCUCGGUUAAUCACGAGCUGCUUGUUUCUGAAGCAAACCCCAGAACCCCUCCAGCAGAAAUGAAGAGCUGUUGAAGAAGGUGGUGUUGGUGGCAUGAGCGGGACUGCACUUCCACAAUAAAAGUACUUAAGCCCCACCCCCACCGUCACUCUGUGAGGGCAUGCAGGUUUGUGGAGCACAGAGGCGCCGCAGGACUUAGAGGGAUUCAGGAACAAUUUGCAGCAAGUCAGAAACACUAGUGGAGGUUUUUGGAGACAAAAUUUAGGAGGAUUAGAUGAGAUCUGCUGAGCUGAACUACAUGAACCCUCCAGGACGAUUUCAGUCCUGGAACGAAGUAUGAACCUCAGAUCUCAGCAGAUCAUCACUGAAAAACAGUUGAAACCAACUAAUCGAUGUUUGUCUCCAAAAACUUCCUGUUUUUCCUGGUUUCGCUCACUCCUAUUGGUUGAAUCGCAACAGAAUAAUCUGUUCUGAGGUUUUGAAUCUGAAUCUUCAGGUCCUGAGGUGAACCCUGUGCCCGUCUUUCUGCAGAACCUUCAAAAUAAAUACUGUGAGAUGUUUCACUGCACUCCUCUCCAAUCACACCUGCCUGGAUCUCAGUUUGUACCACCAGGGGGCGCCACCUGCAGUAGCAUUAUAUCUAGGCAGGGCCGUGCUGUCACCAUGCCGUCGUCCCGCUGGGACAGAUCCAAACGUGUUCCUCUAUCAUGGGUGUUCUCUAAAGCCUUCUGCGUCUGUGAUGUUUGUCCGGAGCGUGUGCUCCGAUGUCCGUUCUAACAGACUCUGGAUGAACCGGGAAGCAAUAAAGAUCUGUGAACGCAAUGAGGUCUUCGCCAAGUUUAGCCUCAGAGCUGAAUAAAGUGCAAUAUGAAGAAACGA